UUCCACUGUUACCAUGGAGUUAGGCCGGUCACAUCGGGGUGUAAAGUAGUUUUUACUUACGAUUUGAUAUAUGAAGGUCCUAACCACUCUUUCCUUCUCGUUUUGGUCAAAUCCCACUCCGCAAGAUGCCCUACGGUCAUGGUCCCUCCCAUAGGAGAAAGGGUGGAAAGAAGAAGAAACUGAGGAAAACUCAGGUUUCUCGAUAUCCUGUCAUACCAGGUGCCUUAUCUAUCCGUCCAUUGUGAUCACUUGGGUCCAAAGGACAAGCAAAAGAAUGUUUCUGCUGCGCAUCUAUCAUCUAUCACCAUUGACUGAGCCUUCGACUUGGCGCAUGACAAGAUCCUUGAGCGGCUACAUACCAAGGCCAUCGACUUCGUUAGACAAAAUAAUAUCGUCGACGGGACUUCAGGUGACUGCGAUCAAAUCCAGUCUACCACAGAGGUGGUUGGAAUUAAUGUUUGCCGAGAGACAGUCGUAAUCAUUAUUCCCGGGCAAAAAAUUUCGACCCCGGAACUUAGGGGAAUGCCACGUUCAUGACAGCAAGCAGUUUUCCAGCACUCCACUGCUUGCCUCCGUCUGCUGCAGCUUUUGUCUAGGCGAUUCUCUAUUUCAGUUGCGCAGCAAAACGGCUGGGUCAGCCAUGAAGACUACGGGCUGCUUAACUACUAGGAAGUUGGAAAUCUUAGAAGUGCAGAUUUUGGUGCAGAUAGCCGGGAACGAGAAGGCCUGGAAGCAUGCGCGGCCAUUUCGGGAUGCUUGACUGGCGGCAUCCGCCAAGUUUUCAUCAAUAUAUAUUAUCGCAUAACUAACCUACCUCGACGUGGUUCGCUUAAGUCGAAACUAAAGCUCUGCAUAUGGCAACGAUAAUUUCUUUAAUGUUAUUUGCCUUGUGAUCCC